AUGACCCCGCCGUCGACGACACAUGAGUAUCCGAAUCCCAAUGCGUCAUUUGGUCUCGACAUGUCAUUUGCUCAGCCAUCAUACCAAUCGAAUACUGCCGGCCUCGCCUUCAACCAGAAUCUCGGCCUCAACCUCUCACCAGGGUACGACUACCAGUUUACUGAUGCUAGCAGCUUCGGCGUCAAUAUGAACCUCGGGCUUGAUAUGAUGAGCGAAGUCGAGGUGGUGCCCAGGCAGAAGAGGAAGAAGGUGGCGUGGGUGGAGAUUACUAAGCUCAUCGAUGGUGAGUCUGGCCCUGCAAUUGCACUUCAUCUGAACAUGAAUCUAACGGCAGUUGCAGAGCUUAUCCAUAACAGCGUUUGUUUGGGACGGGCGCCAGGAUUCAGGCGCAAAGCUGUUGACAUGGCGAUGAGGAAGGCUUUGGUGCCAGCAUCGUAA